AUGCAGGUCGGAAACACGUUGCACAUCCGAAAGCUUUUGGAUCAUCCGACUGGUUUAGCCACUUCAUCUGUCCGCGACUCAAAGGUCUGUAUGUCACCAAGGCGGCAUCGAUGGUGUGGGCGAGAUCAGUAGUCAGGCUCUAAGGCGCAAAUGCAACACUACCAAAACCGGAAAACAGGGUAGAGACUCUCAAAGCACCAGAAGAUUCAGCUGAUUUUGACAAGGACAUGACAACUUCAAUCUGGUCGUCCAAGUGCCCAGUGCUGAUGUUUUAGUGGAUUGACGGGACUGCAAACAGCACAUACGUCAAAAUCAUGCAAUGUUCCUUGGAUAGUCUAGUCAAUAGCCUAAUUGAACACAGUGGAAAAUAAUAUACAGCCUUGUGGAACGAUCGCUCGAAUACCGACUGCGGAAUUUAAAAAAGUGCCACAACGUGACGAUUUGUCCUUGCAUCCAUUCUCCGCGCGAGUCGCGCACACCUUUAAAUCGCAUCAUAAUUACAAAAACGAAAGCUUCCUCAUCAUGGUCGACUGGACUCAUGCCGAGGUGGCAUUCACAAGCCGUCCAAUCAUUUACUGGAGCAAGGACGCCAGAGUGACUGUACAUGACUUUCCAUUUGUGAAGCUUCUGUUUCACAUAGAAGACAUCUUCCUAAGAUGGGUUCACACAUGAAACUUCCUAGGCUAAGGAGGGAUAGAACUCUGCCAUACAUCAGUUUGGUGGUUUUAAGUGCUCAUUCCAGCGUUCGCCUCUGGUUGGUUUGUCAACAGUUAAGCAGUCUUUCACAUCGUUCACAAGGUGACCCAGUGCAGAGUGCCCAGCACUAACUUGACGCAUGGUUUGGUAGUUCACGCGUUGCCGACGUUUGAGACCUUAGCCAUUUGAGUUUACUAGCUUUUGAGGCCAUUUCAUGCCGAUUUCGCCGUUUUUAAACGGAGGCGACAGAAGGAAUCACGGGUAUGGGACAAACGAUUGCGAAAUUAUACUCUUAUUCGAGCACGCAAAGUGUGGCAAAAAUGAUUCUGUUCAGGCAUGCACGACAAAGGGGGUGGGUUCAGCCAUCUUAGGUAGGAGCGUAUUUUCUAAAACGCAUCAUUACAUAACGAGACCCAUUUGUUUUUGUGAAUGCAACACAUUGUUCAAACGAUCUUACCGUGUGACGAUAACGGCCCUUAUCUGUCAUUUGUGGAAAAACGGUUUGAGAGUAAUCUGACAGCGCAAUCGUCAGCGAAGCAAGAAUGGCAGACGUCUCUUUGUCGACACUAGUGCUCAAAUCAGUGUUAUUUCUCCAACAGCAACUGACCGUCAUUGUCGCAAUCCUGACCUCCUCUUCCUUUAGGCCGUCAACAUCUUGAAAAAUUGCCAGCUUCGGCAUCUACUCACGUUCACUGGACAUUGGCCUCCGUUUUCUCUUCGCUUUGGUCUUUGUGGUUGCCAACGUGCCCUGUGUUUUACUUGGUGCAGAGUUUCUUGCCCUCCUUGAUCUUCUGGACGACUGUCGUCAGUCACGUCUACAAGACCAGACCACAAAGCUGACCGUCCGAGGUAUCUCUUCGUCUGAAGUGUCCCACCGACUUGCCGUCCUGAACCCUGAACCUGUGAAUCCAUUUCGACAACUUGUCGCCAAAUGCCCCGGUUUCAUUCGUCCAAACUUCAGCGCGACUGUCCGAACGCAUAAUGUUGUUCAUCACAUCCGAACCACUCGCCCUCCCGUGUUUUCUCGGCCACGCCGUCUCGCGCCUGCACGUCUUGCUGCCGCCAAGGCCAAGUUUGAGCGCAUGCUUCAGAUGGGCAUGGUUCGUCAAUCUGAGAGCCCUUGGGUCGCCCUCCACAUAGUUCCCAAGGCUGCUUCGGGUGACUGGCGCCCCUGCGGUGACUACAGGACCUUGAACAACGUAACUAUCCGGGACUACUAUCCUGUUCCGCAUCUUCAGGAUUUUACCGGAGCCCUCUUCGGCAAAUCUGUGUUCUCUAAGAUCGACUUGGUCAGUGAUUUUCACCAGAUUCCCAUCGCUCCGGAGAACGUUCCAAAAACGGCCGUCACUACACCCCUUGGCAUUUUGAGUUUCUGCGUAUGCCCUUUGGACGCCGCAACGCCUCACAAACCUUCCAAAGAUUCGUAGACAGAGUACUUCAUGGCCUAAUCUUCGUUCACGCCUAUUUGGAUGACCUUUUGAUUGCCAGCUCCAAAAGAACACAUGUUUCGUAUUUCAACGCUGUUUGAACGCUUUAAAAAUUUGGCGUCAUUCUCAACUCAUCCAAGUGUGUUUUCGGUGUUGACUUCCUCGAGUUUCUCGAGCAUAUGGUUGACUCUAGGGGCAUCUUUCCGCUUCCCGCUAAGGUUGCGGCCAUCUGUGACUUCCCUUCUCCCUUUCCCAAACUUUAGCUCCAGCGAUUUCUGGGCAUGGUAAAUUUUUAACGCCUUUUCCUCCCGCAUUGUGCCGACCUUACUCUGCCGCCCACGAACCUUAUUUCCAGUCCCAAACAUUCGUUUAAGCUGUCUGCAGACACCCUCGCUGCUUUUGACAAGAUGAUUGCUGCCCUGGCCGACGUCACCCACCCGACGCACUUUUCUCCCGAUGCUCCCAUCGCCCUCGUGGUUGACGCCUUCAAUUUUGCUGUUGGCGCAGUUCUUCAACAAAGCUUCCCGGAUUCGACGGUGAAUUUGGCCUUCUUUUCAAGAAAACUCUCUAAGGCCGAAACACGCUACAGCACUUUAGGGCGCGAACUUCCUGCCGUUUAUCUUGAUGUGAAGUACUUCGAGUUCGCCAUAUUCACGGACCACAAGUCACUUUCCUUCGCACUUCACUCAACUUCCAACAGGCUCAACCCCCGGGAAACCCGCCAACUUGACUACAUCUCUCAGUUCACCUCUGCCACAUUGACGGAUCAGGCAAUAAGGAUAGCUAACGCAUUAUCCAGAUCCUUCAUCGCUCACGUUCAGCUAUCUCCCGCGAUCAACCUUGCUGAGAUGGCAGCGCAACAACGCCGUGCCGGCUCUCUCUCUCUCUCUGCGAAGAAUGUUUCCGGACGCCAACUCCAGGACCUGCCACUGACCACUGGUGAUGGCACCAUUCUAUGCAACGUCUCCACCGCAUCUCAUCGUCCCUUUGUGUCGUCAUCCCUUCGCCGCAAAGUCUUCUCCUUCCUGCACUACCUAUCGCAUCCUGUGAGUCGAGCUUCUUAUAAGCUAAUUUCCGAUCUUUUUGUUUGGCCUGGCUUGCACAAUGACCUUAAGGCUUGGAGGUGUCCUGCCCGUCAGCAAAGCAGGGUCCAACAGCACAAUAAAGCACCCGUAGGCAAGUUCCCCACUCCUGACGCUAGGUUCAGUCAUGUGCACCUGGACAUCGUAGGCCACUUGGCAAAAUUGUCAAUUCCCGGCUCGAAGUGCUUCACAAAUAUUGCAUUAAGCUGUUCUGCUGUAGUUUGUUGUCUGGCUCAGCGCAUAUUCAGUAUAGUCUUAAAGCGCUUUCCGAGAAAAUUGAUGAUAGGUUCCGGUGUGGUCAGACAGUAAGGUCGUUUAACUCAUGUCUUCCUCUACUAAAAACAAAUGGGUCUCCAGUCCUCCUCCUCCCCCCUCCUCCUCCUCCUCCUCCUACUACUACUACUACUAUUACUACUACUACGACUACGGCUACGACUACUACUACUACUACUACUACUACUACUACAACUAA